CCUGGCUGCACUUGUCGCUCGAUCAGUGCUCGAUAUAUCCCGAACUUUGGUCAAUGCUUCCUGAUCGGGAGAUUCUGAUCUCGUAGUAAUAGUCCCAGACGCUCACACCCAGCUGCACUUUCUCCUGCUCCUGCUCCUGCUCCUCGCUGUCGAGCUCCAAUGCACAAUCGGAGGUGCUCAUUAUUCGUGCACGGGGAUCACAGAUUCUGCGUUUGAACGAGACACCAAUCUCCGACGAAACGGUCCGAAACGCCGUCGAGAACAUUGCGAGGCUUGAACCGUAUCGUGCUGCUGCUGCUGCUGCUGCUGGCAUCCUUCCUGAGAGCGAAGCAAAUUUGGUUUCGAGAAGUUGUUCGACGCAUGGCGGAGCGACGUUCUGGUGUCGGUGUCGGUCGUUGGUGUUGAUGGGUGGCGGGCGGUGUUUCUGAUUCGUCCUGACGUCGCGUGGCUGACCGACCUUCUGCCUGUCGGGAGCGGAGAGCUUUCGUGCUCAAUUGUCGCACGAGAAUAGUGACGGAGCGUGGGAGAACGACUUCAUUGUGCUUGUAUCGUUGUUCGCUUUGUGGAGGAUAGCAUUUAGUGUGCAAACUCAUGAUGAAGGAGCACCGGAAGGUCGAGGAGCUUUAUUCAUGGAGGAGUUCCUCUUCUUGCACCAAGCAGACGACUUCGUGAAGGCCCAAAAUAUUGUCGGCGAAGGUGCUGAUUUUCUGUGCACCGAAGACGUGCUCGCUGGUUGAAAAGUUCGGAGACUCGCUCGAGGGUUCGCAGUUACUCGUCGAGGCUUCGGAGAAGAAGAGUUUCAUGGAGGGUUAUUUCCGCAAUCUGGUGGGAGGGCAUGUAGCUCGAUACGACAUUCCCCCUGAGGGUAUCAAGGGAGUAAUAUUGCAUGUUUUGAAUCAAGAUGGGAUGAGCACGAUGCUCAGCGUUGUCGGGAGUAUCGGCAAGUCGACGAGCGCCUGGGUGGACGGAAAGCCCGUAGAUUUGAACCGGAUCUACGAAUUGUUCAUGAAGAAUGCUGAUAGAGAAGAGGUGGUCGAGGUGGAGACUAUCAAUACGAGGAAUCUACAGAGAGCUUACAAUAGCUCCUGUGGUCUUAAGAACUGGAUUGCUUCAGUUCAACUGAAACUGAAAUGGCGAAACCACAGAAUCACCCUCGGCGAUAUGAAAACUGACAAAUGUAUUGGCUUCUGGCCGCCUGAAGUUCCUUUUGUCAUCGAUGAUGCUUCCAGUAUCUGAUAAUGGAAAGCAGAUCAUCGGAAGCUACGUUUGCACCUUUUUCCGUAUGUACAAAUGGCGCACUGCCUCUCAGUAUGAAGUGGAACACCGGUUACCUUACCUCGGCGAGAGACGAUCUGGGAUUAGUAAUGGAGUGUGCGGCUCAGCGAGCCAGAAUUGAUCGACAACUGUGCGCGGCCUCGAAUUCUCUCUUUUUCCUUUUUCUUUUUUAUUCUCUCGAUAUUUUCAAUUUAGGGUUUUGAAUCUAUGCAGAUUCGACGCGACAGAUGUGAAACCGGCGAAGAAGAUGUCUUUCAGUAGAAAACAGCAGUGUAAAGUAGGAAACUGUCUGACAUGUACUUCUCUGACUGUAUUCUAAGAUGCAAGUCAACGAGAUCUAUCUUGUGCAAGGUAGAUGCCAUUUCCAGGAAAUUACUGUGUUCUGGCGUCCUCUGUCUAGCGACAAAAGUGACUGUUACUCUGACUUCGAUCCAAACUCCAUGCAUGAGUGUUGCCAGAUCCAUCUUCCCGAGGUGUGCAUAGAUGUCUGUUUUUGAUGUGCUUAUAUUCCAUCCUCACGUGGUCAAACUUGCCAGCGAAGAAACUGAAUUACGUUGUGGCUAUCAGAAAC